AUGGGUCUUCUGGCUCUGGGAACGGCUCUGGAUUGGCCAGAGGCCAAGAAGCAAGCUCAUCUUGUCAGAUCCUGGGGGAUCAAGCAACUACUCGAAAUAUGGAACAAGGCCAAGGGAAAGGAGCGCGAUGCUAUGCUUUGGGGAGAUGAGGUCGAGUACUUGGUUGUGACGUACUCCAAGGACGACCCCAAGGUCCUGCUGUCCCUGAGGCAAGCAGACAUCCUCAAAGCUCUGGCAAGUGACACAGCGCUCUCCAAGGCGAAAUGUGCCCCGCCGCUUCCGGAUGGCUCCAAUGCCCACACAAGCCAGCCACCCCCAGUGUUCCACCCAGAAUUUGGGAGGUUCAUGCUCGAGGCUACCCCUGGCAAGCCGUGGGGCAUCGAGUUUAAGGAGCUCCUCGAGGUCGAGCCAAACAUGAGGCUGAGGAGGUGCAUUGCCCGAGACCAUAUGCGGGCCAACGAAUACCCCAUCACGUUGACGACAUUCCCCAGGCUCGGCUGCCCCGGAGUGUUCACCGAGCCGUUCUACCCUGUCUCGGGGCCCAGGCUGAGAUCCCAGUUCGUGCCGGACGAGAUCGCCAACCCGCACAUCCGCUUCCCGACCCUCGCAGCCAACAUUCGCUCCCGCCGCGGCCGCAAGGUGCAGGUCAACGUGCCCGUGUUCCGGGACGAGAAGACGCCGUGGCCCUGGAAGGACCCGACCGUCAACUACGACCUGCACCAGUGGCCCGAGGACGACGACGUGCGCAACGGCGCCGCGCCCGACAACUUCAUCCACAUGGACGCCAUGGCCUUCGGCAUGGGCAGCUGCUGCCUACAGAUCACCUUCCAGGCAAAGAACAUAAACGAGGGCAGGCAGAUGUACGACCAGCUGAGCCCGCUGGGCCCGAUCAUGCUCGCGUUGACGGCCGCGACGCCCGUGUACAAGGGUUUCCUUGCCGACACGGACGUGCGGUGGAAUCAGAUCAGCAAAGCCGUCGACGACCGCACGCCGGAGGAGUUGGGUGAGAAGCCACUGGUGAACGACCGCUGGAGGAUACCCAAGUCACGCUACGCCUCCAACUCGACGUACAUCUCCGAGGACCCCCGGCUGCGGCCCGAGUACCUCGACCCGGAUCUCGUCAUCGACGAGGACAUCAAGCAGCAGCUCCUCGACGGGGGCAUGGACGACCGGCUGGCCACGCAUUUUGCGCACCUCUUCAUCCGCGACCCGCUCGUCGUCUUCUCGGAGGACCUGGAGAAGCUCGACCUGAGCAAGACGGACCACUUCGAGAACAUCCAGAGCACCAACUGGCAGCACAUGCGCUUCAAGCCGCCGCCGGCCGACAACAGCAUCGGGUGGCGGGUCGAGUUCCGCCCCAUGGAGAUCCAGAUCACCGACUUCGAGAACGCGGCCUUCGCCGUCUUCAUGGUGCUCAUCACGCGCGUCAUCCUGUCGUUCGACCUCAACUUUUACAUCCCCAUCACCAAGGUGGACGAGAACAUGGAGACGGCGCACGCGCGCGACGCCGUGCUGUCGCGCCGCUUCUACUUCCGCCGCAACCCGUUCCCGACGUCCUCCUCGCGCACCGCGCGCAGCAGCUCCGCCUCGGGCGCCUCCACCCCGGUGGUCAGCCGCCCGCCGACGCCCACCGGCCCCGUCGAGGACGAGUACCGCCUCAUGUCGGUCAACGAGAUCAUCAACGGCUCCGCCUACGCCCGCGCCACCGCGUCCUACUCCAACCUGCAGCCCGCAGAUUCCGCCGCCGCCGGUUCCACUUCCGCUUCUUCCCCAGAACAACAACAAAAACAAGCACAAGCCGGCGACGAAAACGAUGACGACUUCCCCGGCCUGAUCCCGCUCGUGGAGAGCUACCUGGAUAGCGUCAACGUCGACGUGGCCACGCGCUGCCGCCUCGCCGCCUACCUGGACCUGAUCCGCCGCCGCGCCAGCGGCGAGCUGUGGACCGCCGCCCGCUGGAUCCGCCACUUCGUCGCCCGCCACCCGGCCUACCGCCGCGACAGCGCCGUCGGCGAGGCCGUCGCCCGCGACCUCGUCGCUGCCGUCGUGCAGAUCGGCCAGUGCGAGUCCGCCGGCCAGGAGCUGCGCAGUCUGUGCGCCGAGCAGGUCCCCGGGCUCGAGAUGCUUCUGGGCGGGUUGAGGUAG